UUAUUGUAAAGAGCGAGCGGAUGCUCUUCAGUUCUCAGGAGGCUAGUGAAGAUUCUUUGGAAUUUACCGGCUGUUUACAGCGGGCGUUUUUUUUGGAAUUUCCAGCCCCGGAUCAGGUGCUGAGAAGGGGGAAGGUUUGAUUCCGGAGACUCGCGGUGGAGCCGGCGAGCCUUGCAUCAUCAUAACCGCCUGCACUAUUGCAAACCGUGUUUUCUUCAACAAUGCAGAAUUCAUACCUCAUGUGGACUGAAAUCGGGAUUCACAAUAGAACCGGGUACAAUCCCAUGGGAGCUGACUCUCUCCCCAAGAUAAUCGAAGGUGUUCAGCAGCACCACCCUCAACAUUCAAGAGAAGUGAUCCUAAAAUAUUACGAAUACCUCAAGAUCAACUUCAGCCAGGAAUUCUCAGACCAUGGAUUGGGGAUGGUCAGUAGGAUAUGUGACCUCAUCCACAAAGUACAAAGACAGCAUUCAUACCUCACGUGGACUGAAAUUGGGAUUCAGGAUAGAACCGGAUACAAUCCCGUGGGAGCUGACUCUCUCCCCAAGAUAAUCGAAGGUGUUCAGCAGCACCACCCUCAACAUUCAAGGUCUGUGAGGGUAUCUCCACUUCCUCAUCAGAACUUCGUUGUUAAGAGAAGUGAUUCUAAAAUAUUACGAAUACCUCAAGAUCAACUUCAGCCAGGAAUUCUCAGACCAUGGAUUGGGGAUGGUCAGUAGGAUAUGUGACCUCAUCCACAAAGUACAAAGACAGCUCAAUCAGAAUGAAAAAUCCUAAUCCAGGGAACUCCAUUGGGAUCAGUGAUGGAUCUAACUCACAGUGAAGGAGCAAAGAAAAGAUACAGCCGCUCCACAAAGACCUUUUUAAUCAUUUAUUUUUUAAUGUCCAUUGGACUCUCCACCAGGAACAUUCUCAGUGCUUUACGUUAUAAAGAAGCUUAUAAUUUACUCAUGCUGGACUGCAAGUUCCCUUUAAUCUGUGUAAAUAUCUAUAUAUUUAUACAAUCUGAGAUGUACAACACACCCUCCUUGUAAGUCUGCGGUUAUCCCAAAGAUUCCCAAAGUGUCUAAAAUAUUUAUGUAUUUGUUUUGAAUUUAAUAUAUUCUAUUUAUAUCUAUCAACUAUUUAUAAAGAACGUAAAUUUAAAGAAAAAGGAUUGUAUCCCACUUUGACCUUGUGUGAAGAUCAGAUAUCUCCCAUCAGAUCUCCUGCUCUACAGUGUACACUUGACUAAGGUCAGCCCCAGCUGUGUUGCUCUCACAGUUAAAUAGCCGGCUGCCCUCUGUGUCUUUUGAGGGGAGAAAGAUUGCCUCAAAAUUCUUAAAAGUAUUAAAUCUCAAAUGUUUUAAAUAACCAAGGCCCAAAGCACUUUCACAGCCAAUGAAGUACUUUUGAAGUGUAGCCACUAUUGUAAUGUAGGAAAUGCAGCAAUGAAAUAACUGAUUAGAUAAUCUGUUUUUAGUGAAACUAACUGUUGCACUGAAUAUAGGGAAUGAUGAGCCUGUGAAAGGGACCUGUUUUUGUCUGAAGUGCUGUAGAGACAAGGAGAUAAAUGGUUUUUCCCUUGUGUUAUUUGC